AUGUCGCAGCCCAAGAAAAGAAAGCUUGAGUCGGGGGGCGGCGGCGAAGGAGGAGAGGGAACUGAAGAGGAAGAUGGCGCGGAGCGGGAGGCGGCCCUGGAGCGACCCCGGAGGACUAGGUGGGAGCAGGACCAGCUGUACUAUGAGUGCUACUCGGACGUUUCGGUCCACGAGGAGAUGAUCGCAGACCGCGUCCGCACCGAUGCCUACCGUCUGGGCAUCCUGCGGAACUGGGCAGCACUGCGAGGCAAGACGGUACUGGACGUGGGAGCGGGCACCGGCAUUCUGAGCAUCUUCUGUGCCCAGGCCGGCGCCCGGCGCGUGUACGUGGUGGAGGCCAGCACCAUCUGGCAACAGGCCCGGGAGGUGGUGCGGUUCAACGGGCUGGAGGACCGCGUGCACGUCCUGCCGGGCCCGGUGGAGACUGUGGAGCUGCCGGAGCAGGUGGAUGCCAUCGUGAGCGAGUGGAUGGGCUACGGACUCCUGCACGAGUCCAUGCUGAGCUCCGUCCUCCACGCGCGAACCAAGUGGCUGAAGGAAGGCGGUCUUCUCCUGCCGGCCUCCGCCGAGCUCUUCAUAGCCCCCGUCAGCGACCAGAUGCUGGAAUGGCGCCUGGGAUUCUGGAGCCAGGUGAAGCAGCACUAUGGUGUGGACAUGAGCUGCCUGGAGGGCUUCGCCACGCGCUGCCUCAUGGGCCACUCGGAGAUCGUGGUGCAGGGACUGUCCGGCGAGGACGUGCUGGCCCGGCCGCAGCGCUUUGCUCAGCUAGAGCUCUCCCGCGCUGGCCUGGAGCAGGAGCUGGAGGCCGGAGUGGGCGGGCGCUUCCGCUGCAGCUGCUAUGGCUCGGCGCCCAUGCACCGCUUUGCCAUCUGGUUCCAGGUGACCUUCCCAGGAGGGGAGUCGGAGAAGCCCCUGGUGCUGUCCACCUCGCCUUUUCACCCGGCUACGCACUGGAAACAGGCGCUCCUCUACCUGAACGAGCCGGUGCAAGUGGAGCAAGACACGGUAUCAGGAGAGAUCACGCUGCUGCCCUCCCGGGACAACCCCCGUCGCCUGCGCGUGCUGCUGCGUUACAAAGUGGGAGACCAGGAGGAGAAGACCAAAGACUUUGCCAUGGAGGACUAA